AUGCGAUCGAAUGUUGUGCACCUCAAGUUAAAGGCCAAAAAUGAAACCGAUUUCAUCACCUCGGAAUUGCAUGAGCCACAAGAUCUUACGGGACCCAAAUUGGGUUUGGCUGCAGUCAUGUUCCUAUAUGUUGCACUGGCAUGCACCAUUCCACUGAUUUUUUUUCACUUAAUGCAAGAUCGAGCCCCGCGACGCAAAUCCUCUGGCUUUACGGAAUCAAGCGAAUCCUGUGAACCACAGCUGCAGGUAAGGGAGACGCAAACAUUAUCACGGUCAUUUUGUGCCCGAUGCUGCAAAUGGACUCCUGAAUUGAGAGAGAUAUUCAUUGGACGUUCCAACUGUCUGGCGGCAGGGGCCCUGCUUUGUGUGGGCUUCCUGGAUGUGUUCAUGGAAACAAUCGAAGCAGUAGAAGAAGCACUGAAAACGCUGCACAUAGAUUCCCACUUCCCGAUUGCCUCGUUUACUACACUUCUUGGGUUCUUGUUGAUUUUAGGAGUGGAACAAAUCACUCUGGACUACUACCAUCAACAGGGGCGUUCUCAAGUCAGUCUAACCAGUAAGGAGGGUACUGACUACCAAGGUGUUACUAUCCGUCGAUUCAGUUCCACUCGUCAAUCUAUUCGUGAUCGUGCUGUCAGUCUGACCGGGGUCGUUGAGGGGGUCGCUGUCGCUCCCAGUACCAUGGAUCCAGUAGUGGAAACAACUGAGGAUAGCAAAACACGGGACACCGAGUUGCAUGAGGGCCACAGUCACGUGCAUACCAGCACAGUGAUCAGUACAAGCUGGAUUCGCGUAAUGAUACUCUUGUUUGCGAUCUCAUUGCAUAGCGUAUUUGAAGGCAUGGCCCUGGGGCUGACUGGAUCGCUCACAUCACUGCUGACUUUAUUUGCCGCGCUCUCGUUGCACAAAUUAAUUAUCGCAAUCAGUAUCGGGAUUAAUUUGGCCACUGAAACGAGUGAAUCCAAUCAGCAAUCAGCGCAUCAGCGCCGCAAACUGUUCAUCUAUCAAUCGCUUGCAGUACUGACAUUCGCUGGAGCUUCACCGCUUGGUGUAUUGAUUGGUUGGGCUGUGACCAAUCAAUCAGAAUCUGUGGAAUUCCUGUUGACUCAGGCAAUUCUACAGGGACUGGCUUGCGGCACUUUCUGUUAUGUGGUAUUUUGCGAGCUGCUCCCCAAAGAAUUGCAAGAAGAGAAGGGAGACAAACCGGGAAAAUUUUUCUUUUUAGUCUUGGGAUUUGCCCUCGUGGCUUUUGUUAUUGCAUUUGGACCUAGUGAAAACUAA